AUGGAGGAGAAAGUCAAGAAGGAGACCUUUACCAUUGCCACGACUCACAUGGAAACUAGGCGGCCUGAGCCGGUUGGUGGAAAUUAUGAAAUCAUCCUUGAUGAAGCACGUCCAGAUAGGACGGUGCCAGUAGGGGUCUCUCCUGACGACCAGCUUGGGGCACAUUUAGUCACUCUCCUGAGGGAAUUCCAGGACAUUUUUGCUUUUGCUGUGGAGGAGAUGCCGGGCAUUGAUCCAAGCAUAGCUGUACAUAAGCUCAAUGUAGAUGAGUCCUUAAAACCUGUUCGUCAGAAGAAGAGAAAUCAUGGGGAAGCAAGAAACAAAGCUGCAGCUGAAGAAGUGCAGAAUUUGUUGGAGGCUAGGUUCAUUCGGCCAAGUCAAUAUCCAGAUUGGGUGGCAAAUGUAGUGUUGGUGCCGAAGCCCAACAAAUCCUGGAGAAUGUGUGUGGACUAUACAAAUCUAAACAAGGCUUGCCCAAAAGACAGCUUCCCUCUACCCAAGAUAGACCGGUUGGUAGAUUCAACGGCUGGCCACGCUUUGAUGUCUUUCAUGGACGCAUACUCGGGCUUUCACCAAAUUCCUUUGUGGCCAGACGAUCAGGAAAAGACGUCAUUUGUUACUGAGCAAGGCCUAUACUGUUACAAAGUGAUGCCGUUCGGUUUAAAGAAUGCGCCACCCACAUUUCAGCGUCUAGUCAACACUGGCUUCUCUUGUCAGUUAGGACGAAACAUCGAAGCUUACAUUGAUGAUAUGAUAGUAAAAAGCAAGCAACGCGAAGAACACUUGGCUGACUUAAGAGAAACUUUUGAGACGCUCCGAAAAUAUCAGAUGAGGUUGAAUCCAAAGAAGUGUGUUUUUGGGGUAACGGCUGGGAAGUUCUUGGGAUUCCUUAUUGAUGAAAGAGGAAUCGAGGCCAAUCCUGAUAAAGUACAGGCAGGGGAAACUUUGUAUGUGUAUUUGGCCAUUUCUGAGUGGUCCUUGAGUGCUGUCUUGCUAAAUGAAAGGGAGGGAGUGCAACUCCCCGUCUAUUUUGUGAGCCAUGUCCUGCAAAACGCUGAAUUAAGAUAUUCUCCAAUUGAGAAGUUUGCACUUGCGCUGUUUAUGGCCAGCAAGAAGCUGCGCCCUUAUUUUCUGGCACACAAACUACCUCUUACUAAGGACCAGCCCUUGAAACAACCUCUUACUAAGCUAGACGCUGCUGGACGAAUGCUGAAAUGGGCAAUUGAGCUGAAUGGAUUUGAUUUCUCAUAUGAGCCUCGAAAAGCUAUCAAGGGACAAGCAUUUGCUGAUUUCAUUGCAGAAAUGACGAGGCCGACUCUUGAAAAGAAUGUGGCGACUCGCUGGACAGUCUAUGUAGAUGGCUCGUCAAGCCAGAACGGGUGUGGAGCCGACAUAAUAUGUCAAUCUCCUGAAGUAGACAAGUAUGAGUAUGCCAUGAGAUUCAAUUUCCAAACAUCCAACAACGAGGCAGAAUACGAAGCUUUAUUAGCCGGCAUAAAAAUGUGCAAAGCUGCUGGAGCUCAAGUGAUACUUGCCUUCUCUGACUCUCAGCUCAUUGUGAGUCAAGUAAAUGGGGACUAUGAGGCAAGAGACCCUAACAUGAUCAAAUAUAUGCAAGCUGUGCAUCAAGAAAUAGAACAUCUAAAGAGCUUUGAAGCUAAGCAGAUUCCCAGAACGGAGAACAAUCAGGCCGAUGCCCUGUCAAAACUAGCUAGCUCGGCUUCCUGUGAUACACCGCGUCACGUGUUCUGGGAAGUAAAGGAUAAGCGAAGUAUUGAGCAGGAAGUGUGCGCUCCUAUGGUAGCUAUUCUGGAUCGGUCGUCAACCUGGAUGGACCCUAUCAUUGCUUACAAAGUGGACGGUACGCUUCCGGACGAUUCAAGUCUGGCCGCCAAAAUACAAAAGAAGAGUUCUUGGUUUGAAUGGUGGAAUGGAGUUUUGUACAAGAAGUCAUUUUCUAGACCCCUCCUGCGGUGUGUCACUCCUGAGAAAGGGAAAGAAAUUCUAGAUGAUUUGCACCAAGGAUUAUGUAGCUCCCACAUUGGAGGACGAGCCUUGGCAGAGAAAGCCUUUGCGAACUGGUUAUUACUGGCCCACUUUGAGAGAAGACGCUCUAGCCAUGGUGCAAAAAUGUGA